UUAAUUGUACGUUGUCGAAUGUUUAUAGGAAAGAUAUCAGAUUCACUCUGGACAAUUGAAAAUCUCAAGCAUGUUGAUCUAGGCAUAUCAUCAUCGGUUCCUCCACCAAAUAUGGGAAAUAUUGAAUUGAAGAAUUUGGAGACUUUAAAAUGGGUACCUGCUGGAGAAUGGAUAGGGAAGAUGCUGCCAAAGCUCACAAAUCUACGUCAAUUGAAUAUUACGAACAUCUCUGUUGAUCAUGCUGAUGCACUAUCUUCAUCACUCCAGAAAUUUGUUCAGCUUGCCUCCUUAACCAUACAAGGAGAUGAAAUUCCUUUGGACAAUAUUAUUACAGCCUUUUCCAAUCAACAUUGCCUCAAGAAAUUGUAUAUUUGGGGAGAAUUCAACUGUAAACAGCUUCCACGCAACGAUGUAUUUCCUCAACAACUGGUGAAACUAAUUCUGAUAAAUUCUCAAUUGGAACAAGACCCAAUGGCAACACUAGAGAAGCUGGAAUUUCUCAAAUAUCUAUCACUUGGAAAUCAGUCAUAUAGAGGCAAACAGAUGAUAUGUUCAGCAGCGGGUUUCCCUCAACUAUUUUCCUUGACAAUCGUCGGUUUUUAUGCACUUGAGGAGUGGAAGAUCGAGGAGAAGGCAAUGCCAUGUCUCAAGUAUUUACACAUCGCUUAUUGUUCAGAGUUGAAGGUGCUUCCUGAAGGACUGAAGAAUGUGCCACUUGAUCAACUGGUAUUGCGUUCCAUGUCCGAAGAAUUAGAAACCAGGGUUAAGGAGAAGACAGGAGAAGACUGGUCUAAGAUACAACAUGUGCACAACUUCUCCAUUAGACCUUAACAUAUGCAGCAAUGGAUAUUAUGUUCAGUUGUUACUUGUUAGCUGCCUUCAAAGAUGGAUUUAUAUAGGAAUGAGCGAGGAGUACUUUUGGACUUCAAAGGAGCGAUAGAUUAAAAAGCAAGGAAGACUCAUGCAUGAAAUUUCUUGUAAACUCUGCUUUAUUUACUGAACUCCAGAUUAAGAAGCAAGCAAGGAAGACUCAUUGAUUUAUAUGGAUUUAUAUGUCUGUGUGGAUGUUUGUGAUUUUAUUCAUAUAUUGUAAUUGUGUUUGAUA